AUUAAUUUUACAAAACAACAAAUUAUCAUACAAGAACUCCUUCCCACGUGAUGUAUUCGAUCCUUUGAAAUCACUUGUAUACUUAAAUGCUAAAUUUGAAAAUGAAGAUUUAGAGAAUUUUCCAACUGGAGUGUUAGUAGCCUUACACGCACUGGAAGAACUACAUAUAGAUGCCAAAUAUCCUAAGCCGUUCGGUAUGGAAUUCCGAAAGCUUCAACGUUUGCGAAUAUUACAGAUUGGAUAUUGCACCCUAAAUAGGGCAGACAGUGAAACAUUUGCUAAUAUAAACUACUUGGAAUAUAUGGAUUUGUCAAUGUGCAGUAUCGAGAAAUAUAAAUAUGGUUUCGAAGAUAUGAAAUCUCUCCAGUAUUUAAAGUUGGGAAAUCCAACGUUUUUUAACAGUGAUGUUUAUCAUAUGGUUCAAGACUUGGAAACGUCCAAUAUUGAAAUUUUAGUAAUGACGAAUUUAUUUUACAAAGUUCUGAAAUUUCCGAACGUAGUAUUCUACUGUUUGAAUAGCACAAAUAUUCUUGAGUUGUAUAUUAACUACAAUGGGCUUCGGCGAGUAGUUAGAGAUGAACAAUUUAAUACAUUUCCUACAACGUUGAAAAUUUUAGAUAUGUCAAACAACAUGAUAAAGGAGUUUUUAUUUGACAUUCCUUAUCUUAUCCAACUAGUCUUGAGAAACAACUCUUUAGGAAAUUUUCUUUCCGUUCAGAGCUACACAGUAUCCUCAUCUUUGAAACUACGACAUAUAGACUUAUCCCAAAACUCUAUAUAUAGAUUAAAAUAUUCGUUAUUCAAUGGGCAUGAUCAUCUAGAAAGUAUUAAUCUUAGUAGAAAUUUUUUGCAAGAACUUUCCUUUGACUUGUCAAAGCAAAAGGAUUUAAAGGUGCUGGACUUAUCACACAACUUUAUACGACAAAUCAACCAAACAUUUAUUUCAUGUAUUAGUAAAAUAUUCGUGCGUUCAAAUCUAAUUAUUAACUUGUCAAAUAACUUGCUUGAAUGCAGUUGUCGUACAUAUUUAACUAUGAAAUGGAUGUUAGAAAAUAUCAACCAUUUUCUUUAUUCUGAAACAUAUAAAUGUCAAUAUGAUGACAGACGAUUGAUUCUUCUCAACAAUUUCAAAGAAAUAGUUCAACAAAUGGAAAAGACUUGUUCUUCACAUUUGAUUCUUAUAGUUUGCGUCUCGAUUUUCGUCGCAACCUUUUGUCUCAUGAUUGCUAUUGGGCUCGUAUACCGCUAUCGAUGGAAACUACGCUACAUAUAUUACAUGGCAAGAAGUAAAUACAGGCAAUAUAAACCUGUAAAUUCUAAUUCAACGUACACUUACGAUGCUUUUAUUUCUUACGCUGAUCACGAAAGGGAUUUUAUAAUUAACGAAUGCAUCCCAAACCUUGAGCAGAAAUGGAAAUUAAAGUUAUGCAUUCACCACAGAGACUUUCUACCUGGUGAAGAAAUUACGGUUAAUAUUACAAAUGCCAUUCAUGACAGUAGAAAGACGAUUUGUUUAGUGACACGAUUAUUUCUCGAAUCUUACUACUGCAUGUUCGAGUUUAACAUGGCCAGGAUGGAGAGUAUUUACUCUCGAAAUGGAGAAAACAUUUUGUUUCUUGUUUUUUAUGACCGAAUUUUGCCCCAAGAACUUUCCCUUGUCAUGCUUGAGCUUGUCCAAAAUCAGUCAUACAUUGAAUACCCACAUGAUGACCAAGGGAAUGUUGUAUUCUGGGAAAAAAAUAGAGAAAGCUGUUACCGGAUAGUUUAUGAAUUAUUGUUUGAAUGCUUUCUAUAAUUUUAAAAUAAUUGAUAAAAAAAAAAAUGAAAUGAAAGGGAAUUUAAAAAUAUUUUGAUCCGUCAAAACACAACAACGAUAACAAUAUUCAAAACUAAAAACAAACGUUGAAGAGAUGAUCAAAGCAAAUAUGAUCUAAAGUAUAGCCAAAUCCGGAAAAGGAAUGGGAGAUUUCUAUGAGGAAGAUACAUUUCUGAAUUUAAAAUGAUUUUUAAAUUUUAUAAAAGUAAAUUUCUAUACAUAAGGAUGUAUAAAAAUUUUGGACAAUAAAACAGAAUACAUCAUCACCCAACAACCCACUUCUUUGAGUAAAUAGAUGUACUUUCAAAGACGAACAACAACAACAUGAUAUGGUCAAUUAUAAAGUCAUGUAUUUUGUUACCAUAAAUUACUUAAAACGUUCACUAACUUGUUUCUUAGAUACACUAAUUUGGCUUGCAAGUUUGAAUUGGCUAUACUU